AUGGAUCUGCAGGCUCCAUCAGUGCUUGCGCAAUUGCCUCGCCCACUUCAUGCCGCGACCGGACAGACUCGCAUCGGUGAAGUCAACAGCCUUGCGGAGGGCAAGAAGCGCAAGCGCUAUGAACUUGCGGUGGCCGUCGAUGGCGAGGCCAUCAAUAUUUACAAUGUUCAAACACCAAAAUUGGUGACUUCUUACGCCGUGCCGGCGCAGUCUACAUUUUCGUGCCGACCUUGCUCCGUACGCCGCAAGCUUCGAAACAAGUCCAUCGUGAAAAGACAGACUUAUGCCGCUGUGACCAAGCCUGAACAUCAAAUCAAAUGCUUUUUCGAGGAGAUCAGCACAGGCUCCAGUGCACCCACCAUCUCCUCUUCUGGCACCACUAUUACGGAUUCGAAGAGCCCAGUUACAUUUGUGGGCAUUGUGCCAUCCAAUGAUUCUGAAGCCUCAGAACUAGGCUCUUACGAUGUUUUGGCGGUGCAAACAGAUGGGCGCAUUCGUCGCAUGUCAUCUGAUCUCAAGACCCAGUAUUGGAGCCUUCAACACAGCGAGAUCGCGAAGCAUUCCUCGACCCAUGCCGUUCACUCAUGCUUCUUGAUCGAUCUCGAAGAUGCAAAGAAAGGUCUUUUCAAGCGCAGACAAGAUUUAGCCAGUCUUGCGCUUGGUGACUCGCCCUUGACGGGCACCGAAGAACCCUCCAUCCUGCUCCUGGUCUCCCACCCAAAAGAAGCCGAUACCGUGGUGUUGGACAAUGUGUAUAUUCAACUUUUCUCAGUUCCUGCCAACUCAGCAUCGAACUCCCGUGGCGUUGAGGAAAGUCAGCGACUCAGACACAUCCAGACGAUUCAGCUCCCUACUCCGGCCGGUCUUGAGAAGGUGAAGACCAACAGCUCCUUCCAGUGGAACUUCCAUUCAGGCACGGCGGGUCUUCAGCUUUCAUUCGAACAUGGCUUUGUGAAUUUCGACCUGUCCCAAUACUCACCUGCCGUGGCCUCACAUUUUGUCCUUGCGGAUCAAUUCACGUCGAUCAUGCGUAUCUCUCCUCAAUGUGUCAUUGGUGCGAGUGAAUCACUUAUCGCAAUCUACGACACCCAAUUCCAAUCUGUUCAGCGAAGCAUUGCCACCAAAGAUAUCGCUCUGGGCUCCAUGUCAACUACGGACGGGCCGACGGUUUUCAUCAGCUAUUUUGCCAAAUUGGGCCUCGCAGUAGCCAUGAAAGCCAAUACUUUGAUCGCUUUCGAUGUGACGUCUUUACACGGACAAUCGGCGCCUUCGCUCAAGCGAUCACGAGACGGUCUUCUUAUCGACGCGAUCGGUCGUGGUAUCGGCUCAUCCGCCUCCCAGUGGGACAUGUCUAAGAAGCACCGAUCUGAUAAUAUGGCCUCGCUGCAUUUGAAAAAUGCCGAGGAGGCUGAGAAGUGGCAUGCUUUGACUGUUGCCAUUGAUCAAGCGACUAAAUCUUCGGACACAGAGCUUUUUGACAAGGCUGUUUCCGAUUACUUUGGGUCGUCAGAAGACUUGAAAAGUCUCCCACAAUCGCAUGUCAGCUCUGAGUCCACGCUCUUCUUACUGGCCAAGAUCUUCGCCGUGAAAGACUUUGCUGUCACAGAUAAAGCCUCAGCAUCCUCAUCCUCUCAACUUCGUGUCACUCUAUGGCCAGCGAAAUCUUGCCAAUGGCUCAUCCGUAUCGGGCACCUCUCCCCAGAAAACGUCGAGAUCGCGCUACGACGAGCUUGCAAGCCGCGCAUUCUCCAAUCAUUCCCAACUGGAUCCUUCAUUCAAGCUCUCAUCGACUCCGACCCCUCACUGAAGCAUGUGAAUGCCGUUCUCCAGGGCCCUGCCAUCAUCGCCGCUGAUGAGCUUGCAUUUGCUCUUAAAUUCUUCCUGGGCCAAGCGCGGAUGCAUUCUGGAGUUUUGGAGGAAACUGCCCGCCUGAUUACCGAUGGGGAGAUCGCGACACCUACUCAAGAGCUAACUCGUCACCUCGGGGGCGGAAUUACAAGCCUGAAGGACAUCUUCACCGGUCUGAACUUGUCGCUUCAGAAAAUCCAUGCGCAGCCUCUGCCUUCGGUAGUGAGGUCACUCCGCUCCAUUCUUUCUCGUCCUGAGCUGAUCUCCAUGGUACACCACCUUCGUCUUGCUCUUGCGACCGGUGGCCAUACAUCCCGCUUCACGGAAAACCCUCCUACUCCCAUCACUCUCGAUCAGAUAACUCCCCCUCUAUCGCUCGAUGUCAUAGUCGAUCUCAUUACCGCUGCCGUUGAUGCUGUUGGGCCGUCUGGAUGGAUUUCUGCCCUGCCCGCUGACAAUGAACUUGAAAAUGAAUCCGAUGCUGCCGUGGAUUCUGCAAGUCGUGAGAUGGAGCUUAUUGCCGAUAUGAAGUCCGAGGUGUCCGCUGCCCUUGCGGGAGUUGAAGAAGCUACCUAUCUGAAGGGCAUCUUGCGCGAGUACCUCCGCUUUGCCAACCAGGUUGUCGAUGCAUCGACCUCCGCAGCGGACGCUGUUGCCAAGAUCGACGAAUCCGCCACUCCUGCGCCGUCUCAUUUGAUUCGGUGCGAGAAGCUCAACGGAGCUGACUUGAUGGUCUUUGCCAGGCCUGAAGAGGGCGAGGAGGGCUUCGAUGGAGACGCCAGCGGCAAGAUCUUGCCUUUGUCGUUGAAGCCACCCUCGCUGGAUGUCUCGCGCAAGAAGAUUUUGAACUCUACUGGUGAAGUCAAGACCCGCACUAGCCGUGAAGUCGGAUAUCUUCGUCGUAAGGCGGCUGGUAAAUACUCAUUUGAGAAGCUGGUUGUUUAA